UUCCGGCCACCGCCGCCGCCGCCGCCGCCUGUGCCCGAUCCGCCGGCCUGGCCUAGCCUAGCCUGCGCGCUGCUCCCGCCCGGCUCCGCGAUGAAGAAGCUGUGCCUCGGCGGCGUCGGCGGCCUGGCCGUGGCCCUGCUGAUCGCCAGCGUGGCCCUGCUGGUGGCGCGCGUCUUGGAGAAAGCCGUGGAUGGGCAGGUGACCGAGGAAAUGGUGUUGAGGAACGGUUCAGACACUUUACAAAUGUGGUUGGACCCUCCGCCUCCAGUAUAUAUGCAGUUCUAUAUGUUUAACGUGACCAAUCCGACAGAAGUGCUCGAUGGCGAGACUCCCCUCGUGGUAGAAAUUGGACCAUACACCUACAGGGAACUGAGACCCCGAGUGAAGGUUCACAUUUUAGACAAUGGCACAAGAGUAUCUUUUCUCAACCCAAGGACUUAUGUCUUCAUACCAGAGAUGUCGGUGGGAAACCCAGAAGUGGAUCUGAUUAGAACUGUCAAUGUGCCAGCCGUGGUUGCAAUGGAGAUGGCUACAGCAACUUCCCUGCGUCUCCCUGUGGAGAUUAUGCUGCUGUUGUACAAAGAAGAAAUGUUUGCGAUUCACACUGUUCACGAAUGGCUGUGGGGCUAUGACGACAAGUUCCUCUCUACCAUGCACAAAUUUCGUCCUGGUAUUGAUCCACAAUUUGGCUUUUUUAAUAAGAUGAACGGGACGGAUGAUGGAGAGUACGUCGUUCUAAGUGGAGAAGAGAACUAUAAGGACUUCACGAGGAUCGUUGAAUGGAGAGGAAAAGAGACUCUAGACUGGUGGACGUCAAAUACCAGUAACAUGAUCAAUGGAACUGAUGGGUCUUCUUUUCACCCGUUGAUAGAACCAGAGGAAACCAUCUAUAUCUUUGCCUCAGACUUCUGCAGGUCUCUGUAUCUAACGUAUGAGAAGUAUGUUACCGUUAAGGGGAUCCCAGCCUAUCGGUUUGUGCCUCCCACGUCGUUCUAUACCUCUGGCUCUAUUAAUAAAAACAAUGCUGGGUUUUGUGUACCAGCAGGAAACUGCCCUGGGUCGGGAAUCCUGAAUAUCAGCACCUGCAUGCAAGGUGCGCCAAUAUUAUUAUCACCUCCGCACUUCUACCAAUCAGAUGAGCAGUAUGUCAAGGAUAUUGAUGGUAUGCAUCCAAAGAAAGAGGAUCACGAGACAUUUCUGGAUAUAAACCCAUUAACGGGAUUUCUGGUGCGAGCGUGCAAACGUUUACAGAUCAACGUUUAUGUUCGAAGUCUCCCAGACUUUCUUCAAACAGGAAGUAUCAAAACACUGGUUUUCCCUGUGCUGCAUUUAAAUGAGAGUGUCCUGUUGGAUGAAGACUCUGCAGAGAAACUGAAGACCGCUCUGUUUGAAUCUUCUUUGAUUAUGAGCAUUCCCUACAUCAUCAUGGGUCUGGGGGUUAUUUUCGGAGUUGUGUUUGUUGUGCUUGCCUGCAGGCCAUAUCGGGCAAAGGAAGAGGGUUCGGAAGACGAGAGGGCGCCGCUUAUCAGGACAUCCUGAUUCCGUUUCUCCACCCCUUCUCACAAAUGAACUAUGCAAGUUGCUCUUAACACUCACCAUGACAAAGUACUCUUUGCUGUCCCCCCCAAAAGCCCCGCACUAAUGUAAUGUUAACGCUCUGCCUUUUUUUUUUAAGUUUUGGAAUUCAGGAAAAUUAGGCUGGUGUAUUGAGCAUGGGAGCUGCAACGUCACCGUUUUACUGGGCUGAAAUGGACUUGUUGUGUUAAGAGUGUUUGCAAUUUGUGCAGGGCAACAACCACUGCCUCUGGUACAGACCCUUUGUCUGUUGCAAGAGGAUAGCAGUUUAGGUGUCUAGGCAUUGCCUCCUUGUGCAGCAGGCCAGAGGAGGCUAUUUAACUACCACGACCCGUUUUAUUUAUUGGAUUAAUGCAAUGCAACUUUCUCCUUGUGGAACCUGAUUACUUCUUGAUGGCGCAUCCUAAUGUAUCUGGACUUUUUACCUUUGCAUGUUCAGAUAUUCCUCUAGGUAUGAUUCAUUCAGAGCUUCUGCAAAACCUUGACUUAGGUGCAAGCUACUGAGUGUCAGGGAACAGUGGAACUUUUGUCAGACCAGCUAGCUGUCGAUCCUACGAGGCAACUGGACAGCUCCAGUUCUGAAGGUGUGGUAGACAUCAGCAUAAUGGUCAGAGGUGUGGCUGCAGAAUAGACAUGUCAUGCUGCUGUUGUAUCCUUGCACUUUGUAUCCACUGGAUGGUUUUUGGAACGAUUUCUGAAUUUCCUACGAUUGCAUAACGAGAAAAUGUUCUGGGAUUGGGGCUGUCGAUGCCACAACUCGCAAGGUCCCUCGAGCUAGGUGGAAAUAGCAGAUUCUAGUUCUUCACUGUCUUUGAGAAAGGCACUUCAGAAUGCCAGUUCAGGUGAAACCUUUCAUGAGAACAUGUUCUACAAGCCAGCCUCUAGAUGGGAAACAUUACUGCCGAUCUAGCCUUCAAGCACUUGGUAAGGAAUGCUAAGUAAGGGCAUUUGAAUGCAUGCCUGUAAAGAACUUUAAACUCUCUUUCCAAGGGCUUCAUUCUGCAAGCACCUGUCUUCCCAUGAUCUCCAGCAUCCUCCUUUGGCCUUAUUGGUGAAUCGGUCUGUUUUGCCAAAUCUAACAUUUAGGGGGUGAGGGUCUGGCCUAAUGGUACAGCAUAUGUUUUGCACACAGAAGUCCCCAGGUUAAAUCCGUGGCAUCUCCAUUUAAAAGAUCUCAGCAGGUGUUAGGAAAGACCUUUCUUGCCUGAGACCUUGGAGAACCCGUGGCCAGUCAAAGGAGACCAUCGGAGGUUAGAUGAAUCAGUGGUCUGGCUCAAAAUAAGAUACGGGCAACAUCUUAACCAUUAAAUUUUCUCAGCUAGGGCAUCUCCUGACACAUUGCAGUGUGUCCCGUUCGAUCAAGAAACAAACCCAGAUGCACAAUGGUCGGUUCUCUUAUUACUGGCAUCUGCAUUCUUCAGGGUUAAGUGGCUACCAUUUGUCAACCUGACUAGGAGGGGUUUGAGAAGUCCUUGUUUAUGUCCUUAUAGCAAUCCCCUUCCACCAACUUUUGGAGAAAUCCGACUCACUUUUUGAUAAGCACAAGUAGCACUUAGCAAGCAAUGGAAGCCACAAAAUAUUCCGUACUCCCAGUUUCUAAUGGUAUACGUACCUCUCCCAGCAUUCCCUGAAACUGCACUGUUACAAGAUGACUUACUCACUUUCCCGUUUCUGGGAAAGUCAUGAAGGUUGAAGGCACUAUGUAAAGUUUGUUUUCCUUUCCCUGUCUUCCUCUCUCUUGUUUGGGUCUCACUCAUCGCUAUUCAGUGGCCCCUUUAUAAACUAACAAAAUUUAAUCCGGCAUUGAGUCAGAGCCAUGUGAGGAAGCAAGCUCUGUCUCGCAAAAAAAGCUUAUAAUGGAAUAAAAUUCGUUAGUCUGCAAAAUCGAAAAGAGUCCAGUAGCACCUUUAAGACU